UAGAAAUUUCACUAUCAGAGAUUUUCUCUGUUCCGGAAAUUGACAGUUUUAAGCCGAUGAGUUUUAAAUUCUUGACGGACUUUUCUUUUUGUAUUUAAGUUCCUAUUUUGAAGAAAGUUCAUAAAAAUUAAAUAAGAAAGUAUUGGAACAAAGUACGCAAUUAACUCAAGAGCUGUAAUUAAUUUUACUUCAUUUAAUAUUCGCUACAGUUUAAAUUUAAAACUCUCUGGUAUUCGGUUAUAUUUCUCAACAAACCGGUUAUAAAACCUAGCUGAAAAAUGGUGAACCAAAUUUGCUGCAUAGGAGCUGGAUACGUUGGUGGUCCAACUUGUAGUGUUAUAGCUAAUGAAUGUCCUGAUAUAAAAGUGGUUGUGACUGAUAAAAAUGAUGCUAGAAUACGAGCUUGGAACUCUGAGGAAUUGCCUGUUUAUGAGCCUGGCUUGUUUGAAAUUGUUAAGAAGUGUAGAGGUCAAAACUUAUUUUUCACCACUGAUGUUGAUUCUGCUAUAAGAGAGUCAGAUUUAAUUUUUAUAUCUGUAAAUACACCAACUAAAACAUUUGGCUUUGGAAAGGGCAGAGCAGCUGAUUUGAGGUACAUUGAAGCUGCAGCUCGGAGAAUAGCAGAAAUUUCUAAAAGUUCUAAAAUUGUUGUGGAGAAGAGUACUGUUCCUGUCCGUGCUGCAGAAAGUAUCAAUAGUAUUUUGAGGGCAAAUAGGAAACCUGGUGUUGCAUUUCAAGUACUCUCAAAUCCAGAGUUCUUAGCUGAGGGUUCAGCUAUUCACGAUUUAAUGUAUCCUGAUCGUAUUUUGAUUGGAGGAGAUCAAACAAAAGAAGGAUUGGAAGCUAUUCAAAAGUUAUGUUCCAUCUAUGAAAGAUGGAUACCUAAACAAAAUAUCUUAACUAUGAAUACAUGGUCUUCUGAGCUCACUAAACUUGCUGCUAAUGCUUUUCUGGCACAGCGCAUAUCAGCUAUUAAUUCGAUUUCUGCCAUUUGUGAAGCUACGGGUGCUGAUGUGAGUGAAGUGGCGCAUGGCAUAGGAACUGACAGUCGUAUUGGGUCCAAAUUCCUAACUGCAAGUGUUGGUUUUGGUGGUAGUUGUUUUCAAAAAGAUGUUUUGAACAUAGUGUAUUUAUCUGAAUGUUUGAAUUUACCUGCUGUUGCAGCUUUUUGGUACCAGGUUAUUGAGAUGAACAAUUUCCAGCGCACCCGAUUUGCUCGCCGAAUCACAGAAAACAUGUUUAACACUGUUACUGGUAAAAACAUUGCCAUUUUUGGAUUUUCCUUUAAGAAAAAUACUGGUGAUACCAGAGAAUCUCCUGCCAUUUAUGUCUGCAAGCAUCUCUUAGAAGAAGGGGCUUAUCUUCACAUCUAUGAUCCAAAAGUCCAAAAACAACAAAUACUACUAGAUCUUUCAAAUAAUGAUGGAAUUGAAGAUUGUUACAAAGUGGAAGAUCAAGUGACGACGUUUACUGAUCCAUAUGUUGCUGCAAAAAACACCCAUGCUAUCGUUAUUUGUACUGAAUGGGAUGAAUUUCUUAAUUUAGACUAUAAACAAAUCUAUGACAACAUGUAUAAACCAGCUUUUGUUUUUGAUGGACGUAAAAUGCUCCCCACUGAGACACUCCAGAAAAUUGGUUUUCAUGUUGAGACUAUUGGAGUCAAAACAAAUCGCCUUCAGAACAGAAGUGUUGCUGAAUGCAUCAUUUAAGCUUUGGGUAUUCUUGAUGCAUCAUGAAAGUGCCUUAGCCAAGUUAUGUGUCUGUUAUUUGUUACCAGUCUAUUUAUUUAAGGGGAACAUUUGUUAAAUGGCUUAUUUUUGGAGCACAUUUUUUUGACUAAAUCCAUUUUUUAAAAAGUAUCCAUUUUGAACUAAACUGUAGCGACUCUCCCAACUUGAACUCAUGAUCGUAUAAACAUAUCAUUUAGUUUGUUUUUUUUUGCUCAUAAUCUGUAUUAUAUAAUAAGGUUAUUAUUUAUACUACAUUGUAAAUUUUACUAAAAAUGCAGAUAUAAGGCUUUUUCUCAAAUCUAGGAUUGUCAGCUUUUUUUUUAAAAUCAUUAAUAAUCAUUUUCCUCUUUUUAUUUAUUUUUCUCUUCUAAUUUUUUUUUAUAUUUCUGAGAAGUUUGAAAAAUAGCUGUACUGCUGAAAAUUUUCUUACAAUGGUGUACAGAUAUGUAUGGGCAAAUUCGCUGACUAGAUAUCCUUAAAAUGAGGCGUGCAAUCAUUGGAUUACCUUGUUUCCCCCCC